ACCGCCGACGUAGAGACCGGAAGCACAUGCUGCUGCGCUGCUGCUAGUGAUGUUUUUGUUAUCUGACAUGUAAACGGUGGUGAUUUUGUGUGUUUUUAUAAAUUAAAUUUAGGUUAGAGACUGAAAAUGGCAGCAACAGUGGCUACACCCGUCACUCCAACUGAACAUGAGUCCGACCGGUGUGGGAGCGAGGAGGAGUGCCGCGGGGCCGAGGCCGAGGAGGAGAGCAGUCAGCAGCAGAUAGGCCCCGCCGCCACCGUGACCCACACCCGGCUGUCCAAACUGCCGCUGGCCCGCAUCAAGGCGCUCAUGAAGACCGACCCAGACGUGUCACUGGCCAGCCAGGAGUCCGUUUUUAUCAUCGCUAAAGCCACGGAGUUAUUUGUUGAGAUGAUUGCCAAAGAUGCCAUGGUGUAUGCACAGCAAGGAAAGAGGAAAACUUUACAAAGGAAAGACCUGGACAACGCAAUAGAGGCCAUAGAUGAAUUUGCAUUUCUUGAAGGCACACUCGAUUAAAAACCUCUAAAGGAGAAAAGAACAUGGAAUACCUGGAGCCACUGAAGACUUUUCUGUUUUGUUACAGGGAUGGGAUUUUUUUGUGAAAAUCUUUGUGGUACUUUUCUAACUCAGAAUCUCUAAUUGGAUGUUUCACAGUUGUUUUUAUACAGAUUUCCAUUAAGACUUUUCCAAUUUACCUUUGAAGACUUCAGUGGUAAUGUAAAUUUGUGUAAAUAUCUGUCAAAUACUACUGUACAAUGAAAUAAAACGAAGUUUUGGACAAAAUA